AUGGGUGAUCUGGAGUUCACUGCAAGUCUUCUAGAAGAUGAAGAAGAACAAGAUGCAACGUACGACCGUGGAAAAAAACGAAUGUUCACUCGUGAAAUACGUUCCAUGCUGUACGCUUUUGGUGACGAUGAGAACCCACUACCUGAAACUGUGUCUUUAGUCGAAGAUAUUGCAGUUCGCCAUAUUCUAGAAAUGAAUUAUAUGACCGAUAAUUUGAAAUUAAUUAGUAGAGAAAAUCAUUUGAAAGGUACGGUUGGAGUUGGAUUAUAA